AUGCUCGUUGAAUCUGUACUAGCUAGCUUUUCUCUACAGGGGGCAUUGGUAGGAUUGAUAGGCCUACUAGCCAUAGCGACCCUCGCCUACACCAUCUACAACCGCUUCCUCCACCCCCUCUGUCACAUCAAAGGCCCCUUCCUCGCAUCCAUCACACCCUGGGUGCAACUCUACCACGGCCUAAAAGGCGACCGCCAUCUCUGGCUACACAGACUGCACAGCGAAUAUGGAACACACGUGCGUGUAGCGCCGAAUUUCGUCUCCGUCAACUCUGAUCGUGGACUACACGAUAUCUAUGGCCACGGGAAACGUCUUCAGAAAGCAAAGUUCUACGAUGCUUUCCCUGCUAUCAAGGGCGUGUACAAUACCCACAAUGCUAUCGAUAAGACUAUGCAUGGUCGCAAAAGACGUGUGCUUAGCCAGGCUUUCUCCGAGAAUGCCCUCAAGAGCAUGGAGGAUGUGAUGCUCCUCCAUGUGCGCCAGCUGUGUGCUGUGUUGGCGGGGUAUGAUGGGAAUUCCGAGUCGCAUGACCAGAAAGGCAAUGUCAAGAAUAUGGGUGAUUGGUUCAGUUAUCUUUCGUAUGAUGUGAUGGGUGAACUCUGCUUUGGAAAGAGCUUUGAUAUGUUGGUCUCCGAUAGCCAGAGGCAUAAGGUUGGUUUGGUGGAUCGCGCUGCUAAUAGGCACUAUGUGUGUGGUCUCUGGAUGCCUCUAGACUCAUGGGGUCUAGACCAGAUCUUCAUCCGCAAGCUGACCCGCGACCGGUGGAACUUCAUCAUGAAUUCACGCGUGGAAGCCAACGAGCGAGCCAAGGAACGCACCCAGAUCGGCCAUGACGCCAAGAAAGACUUCUUCUACUACCUCUUGAACGCAAAGGACCCAGAAACCGGCAACGGACUCAGCACGCCCGAGCUAUGGGGCGAAUCCAACGUUCUCAUGAUCGCAGGCAGCGACACAACCUCAACCACCCUGGCCGCCACACUCUUCUACCUAGUCCGACGCCCCGCCGCAUUAGCCAAGCUGUGCGCCGAGGUGCGCGGCGCUUUCACGGAAGUCGAAGAGAUCGUCACCAACAGCCAGCUCGGCGAGCUAACAUACCUCAAAGCAUGCAUUGACGAGGCGCUGCGUCUAGCCCCGGCCGUGCCUGGUGCGAUUCCCCGCGAAGUGAUGGAGGGCGGCGCUGUCGUUGACGGCGUCUUCCUGCCCGCUGGCACCGACUGCGGUACCCCGACUUACUCCAUUCAUCGCCAGGAGAGAUACUACCGCGAGCCCGGGGUUUACCUGCCCGAGCGCUGGAUUGAGGGUGAGACCUGCGAGGCGUCGGGCAUGACUUGGCAGACGACUAAGGAGAGCAUUGAGACGGCACGACACGCUUUCUGUCCGUUUAGCGUUGGGCCUCGUGGUUGUAUUGGAAAGAGCAUGGCUUUUAUGGAGAUGCGGCUAACGCUGGCGCGACUUAUGUUCCUGUUUGAUAUGUCGUUGGCAGACCGUGUGGGUGAGGAUGAAGGGGGUCAUCUGGCACUGACGGACCACUUUACCAGUGCGAAGAAUGGUCCCAAUGUGGUAUUUAGGAGAAGAUGA